AUGUCGUUACAGUUCUUGCCAUAUGAUCUUCUCUUCAAUAUCGCACAGGAUCUUGAUAUCGACGAUGUGCACAAUCUCCAGGCGCUAGCCCAUGACUUACUUGCCAGAUCCAGGCCUCUUCCUCUCCACUCCUUCCAGCGCCUCUCUGAUCUCUCAACACCCGCGCUCAUUGCCGCUGUCGAUCGUGCUCGAGGUUUGGAGAAGGCGUGGGCGAUCCGUGCCCCUAGACCCGCCCGCCCAAAUCCGUACUACGGAAACCAGUGGUAUAUCACAAUCAGCGUACCCUCCCACGAGGAGAUCGAUUGGCUAUCUCCCAUCACCAGUAGUUACACACUCUGUGCGACUAAGAGCGGUCGUGUCUUAUGCUGGGAUGUGAGGAGGGAUAUUUGUCUUGCUGAGUGGGACCCGAGGUCUUUGGGUAGUUCUGGUGGAGGGGGCGACGAUGAAGACGAGGACGAUGAGGAGAAAUGGGAGCUAUGGAAAUGUCGUGUCGAAUUUGAAGAGCGCACAGUAUAUUUCACAAUGGCGAGGGUUCUCAAGGGGUUGCCAGUUUUUUAUUUUAUCUUAUUUUCACAUUCAACUGAUACGCCCUCACAGAUACCACGAUGA